AUGUACGGAUUCGUCAACUAUGCUUUGGAACUCCUAGUGUUACAAUCGUUUGGAGAGGAGACAUGGGAAAAAAUAAAGAAAAAGGCCGCUGUGUCUAUGGAGGGAAGCUUUUUGGUUCGUCAAAUAUAUGAGGACGAAAUAACUUAUAAUUUGAUAACGGCCGCCGUUGAAAUACUUCAAAUUCCAGCUGAUGCAAUUUUAGAGUCGUUCGGGAGAACUUUCUUCGAGUUCUGUCAGGACUCGGGGUAUGAUAAAAUUCUCCAAGUUCUCGGAGCUAAUCCUCGUGACUUUUUACAAAACCUAGAUGGUCUACAUGAUCACCUGGGUACUUUGUAUCCUGGAAUGCGUUCACCGUCAUUCCGAUGCACUGAGAGACCCGAAGACGGUGCACUAGUGCUACAUUACUACUCUGAUAGACCUGGACUUGAGCAUAUAGUCAUAGGAAUCGUAAAGACAGUAGCCAGCAAGCUGCACAACACUGAGGUGAAAGUAGAAAUUCUUAAAACGAAGGAAGAAUGUGACCACGUCCAAUUCCUUAUCACGGAAACUUCUACUCCUAGCCGCGUCCCUGUACCGGAAAUAGCUGAAAUUGAGACCUUAUCACUUGAACCAAAAGUAAGUCCAGCUACUUUCUGUCGUGUCUUUCCUUUCCAUCUAAUGUUCGACCGCGAACUUAACAUUAUUCAAGCAGGGCGUACCGUGUCUCGCCUCCUACCCAGGGUUACUAGACCUGGCUGUAAGAUUACUGAUGUUUUGGAUACGGUGCGUCCUCAUUUGGAGAUGACAUUCCUGAAUGUCCUUGCCCAUAUCAACACGGUUUACGUGUUGAAAACUAAACCCGAAGAAAUGAAUGCAACCGAUCCACAGGAAGAAAUUGCUUCUCUUCGCCUUAAGGGACAAAUGCUGUACAUUCCAGAAACUGACGUCAUUGUAUUUCAGUGCUACCCUAGUGUGACCAACCUAGAUGACUUGACACGUCGCGGCCUCUGCAUUUCUGAUAUUCCGUUGCACGAUGCAACUCGGGACCUCGUAUUGAUGUCUGAACAAUUCGAAGCGGACUACAAGCUUACCCAGAAUUUGGAAGUGUUGACAGACAAGCUUCAACAAACAUUCCGUGAACUGGACUCCGAGAAACAGAAAACAGACAGGCUUCUAUACUCUGUGCUGCCAAUAAGCGUUGCUACUGAGCUUCGGCAUCGCCGUCCGGUGCCUGCGCGUCGUUAUGACCCCGUGACUCUUCUAUUCAGCGGGAUUGUUGGGUUCGCCAACUAUUGCGCCAGACAUACUGAUCAUAAAGGGGCCAUGAAAAUCGUUCGCAUGCUUAACGACUUAUAUACAGCGUUUGACGUACUGACCGAUCCCAAGAAGAACCCCAACGUUUACAAAGUGGAGACAGUCGGUGACAAAUACAUGGCAGUAUCAGGACUUCCUGAAUACCAAGUAGCACAUGCAAAACACAUUUCAUUACUAGCGCUUGAAAUGAUGGAUUUAUCGAAGACUGUUACUGUUGACAACGAACCUGUUGGCAUAACCAUCGGCAUUCAUUCAGGAGAAGUGGUUACUGGUGUUAUUGGUCAUCGCAUGCCACGCUAUUGUCUUUUUGGCAACACUGUCAAUUUAACAAGCCGAUGCGAAACCACUGGUGUACCAGGAACUAUUAAUGUCAGCGAGGAUACUUACAGUUACUUGAUGGGAGAAGACAAUUAUGACGAGCAAUUUGAGCUGACUUACCGCGGCCACGUUUCCAUGAAAGGCAAGGCUGAGCCAAUGCAGACUUGGUUCUUGACACGAAAGAAGAUUUAA